AGCGCUCCCAUUAGCGCACCUGCGACCUGCAGACCGGAAACUGACUGGUGAAUUCAGCUUGGAUAAAAACUUUCAGGAUUCAGCCGAACCUCAUGUCAGGAGCUACAUUAGGACUCAAUCCAAAUGCUGACUGAAUAUCUUAUUGUGAGACAUGCAGGAGCAGAGAGGCAGAAAGGUGUUUGAUUUGACUCACCAGGAGAGAAAUCACACGGCUUCCUCUGCAUGUUCAGGCACGUGGAUGCAAAAGAGGAAUAGGUGACAUUUCUGAAAAUGGAGAGCCGGGUCAGAUAUAAACCACAUGUGACUUUCCUGCAGGAACAACCAGGACUGCAGACUGAGGAGGGAGCUUCGCUGGAUCCUCCUCCUUCAGAGAGCUUUACUCCUCUGGAAGUUAUGGCUGAAAUGCUGAAUUCGCCGGGCCUGCUGACUAUGCCCCGGAGCCCCACCUCCAGCGAGGAUGAGAUGGCCCAGAGUUUUUCCGACUACUCCGACGACUGCGCCUCCGACAGCUCCCGAGAAGAGACCAUCUACGAGACGAUAAAGGCCACCGCCGAGCAAUCGCAGAGCCGCAUGGACGACAUCAGCACCAACUCGCUGGUCAUCCGCAUCCUCAUCCCCGACCUGCAGCAGUCGAAAUGCAUGCGGUUCAACCCCAGUGCGACCGUCUGGGUUGCGAAGCAGCGGAUCCUGUGCACGCUUAAUCAGACCCUGAAAGACGUGCUCAACUAUGGGCUUUUCCAGCCGGCCAGCAACGGGAGGGACGGGAAGUUCCUGGAUGAAGAGCGCAUCUUCAGAGAGUACCCCCAGCCAAUUACCAAGGGGGUCCCAUCACUGGAGUUCCGCUACAAGAGCCGAGUCUACAGGCAACCCAAUGUGGACGAGAAACAGAUUGCCAAACUUCACACAAAGGCCAACCUGAGGAAGUUCAUGGACCUCAUCCAACACAAUCAGGUGGACAAAGUGUUGAAGCUGCUGGAGAGAGGCUUCGAUCCAAACUACCAUGACAGUGAGACUGGUGAGAGUCCGCUGACAUUUGCCGCUCACCUGGACAACAUGGUGGAGAUGAUCAAGGUUUUGAAGAACGGAGGCGCUCACCUGGACUUCAGAGCUAAAGACGGCAUGACGGCGCUGCACAAAGCGGCCCGCUCCAAGAACCACGUCACACUCACGACGCUGCUGGAGUUGGGGGCUUCUCCGGACUACAAGGACAGUCGUGGUCUGACUCCUCUGUACCACAGUGUGGUGGUGGGGGGGGACCCCGGCUGCUGCGAGCUGCUGCUCAACCACCACGCCUCCGUCUGCUGCCAGGACGAGAACGGCUGGCACGAAGUUCACCAGGCUUGCCGUCACGGUCAUGUUCAACACCUGGAGCAUCUGCUGUUCUACGGAGCGGACAUGAGCGCCCAGAAUGCAUCAGGAAACUCGGCCCUACACAUCUGUGCCCUAUACAACCAGGAUAACUGUGCCAGAGUGCUGCUUGUUCGCGGAGCCGACAAAGACGUGAAGAACUACAACAGCCAGAGUCCAUUUCAGGUCGCCAUUAUUGCUGGGAACUUUGAGCUUGCAGAACUCGUCAAGAACCACAAAGAGACAGAUAUAGUGCCUUUCCGCGAGGCUCCAGCCUACUCCAAGCGCCGCCGGGGUCAGUCAUCUGGCAGCGGGAACGACCACUCCCCCUCGUCCUUAUCAGCACCGCGGGUCCUCCUGCGCUCCAACAGCGACAACAACCUAAACGUCAGUCAGUACCAGCAGCAGCAGCAGCAGCAGCAGCAGCAGCACGGCUCUCCUGGCACCUGGGCCCCCCACCUGCAGCCCCACCCACAUAGGGGCCCCCAGCAGGGUCCUUCGCAGCCUGGCGCCUCAGCUCUACACCGCAGCCUGUCACCCCAGCUGCUCCAGCAGAUGCCCAGCGGCAGCCCCAAUGGCAACGUGGUGGUGCGGACCAUGGGGAGGGGGGCGAGGAGCCGGUCUCCCUCCCUCAGCCGGCUGGGGGAGGAGGCCCGACGGGGGGUACCAGCACAGAGACAGCCCAGUCCCAGCAGUCACGGCGAGGCGGGCGGCAGCAGGAGGAAGCUGUACAGCGCGGUUCCUGGGAGACAUUUCGUAGUGGUUCGUCCGUACAUCGCUCAGGCCGAGGGAGAGAUCACCCUCUACAAGAGCGACAGGGUCAAAGUUCUGAGCAUCGGAGAGGGGGGUUUCUGGGAGGGCAGCGCCCGCGGACAGGUGGGAUGGUUUCCAGCCGACUGCGUGGAGGAGGUCCCGGCCAAGACCUCUGACGAGAGGAGCUAUUCCCGAGCGGACCGCGCUGACAGGAGGAAACUCUUCAGACAUUACACCGUCGGCUCCUACGACAGCUUCGACGCUUCCAGUGACUGCGUGGUGGACGAAAAGACGGUGGUGCUCCAGAAGAAGGAGAAUGAGGGAUUUGGCUUCGUGCUGCGAGGGGCAAAAGCGGACACGCCCAUCGAGGAGUUCACUCCUACGCCCGCCUUCCCCGCCCUGCAGUACCUGGAGUCGGUGGACGAGGGAGGGGUGGCAUGGCAGGCGGGGCUCCGGACGGGGGAUUUCCUCAUCGAGGUGAACCAGGAGAACGUGGUGAAGGUGGGCCACAGACAGGUGGUUAACAUGAUCCGACACGGGGGGAACCGGCUCCUCAUCAAGGUGGUGACCGUCAGCCGGAACCUGGACCCCGACGACACGGCACGCAAAAAAGCGCCCCCUCCUCCAAAGAGAGCCCCCACCACAGCGCUGUCGAUGCGCUCCAAGUCGAUGACCUCUGAACUGGAGGAACUAGUGGAUAAAGCCACUCUAAGGAAAAAGAAAGGUGAUGCGCAGAAGAAGAGGAUUGUUUUCCAAGUCACUCUAAACAAAGUGGAAGAGAUGACGCACGCCCAGAAGACGUCGCCCGUCGAUAUGAAGAUCGCCACGAUCAAACCACGGCCAUCCAGUCGCUGUUUGGUUACAGCAGCUGAUAUCAAUUCAUUAUAUCAUGACCGCCAGGGAGUAGCAGUGGUGCCACCCACUGUGCCGGGGGCUUUCCUGGGGCUACCUGAGAAGAGCACUUUGAAAAAACAGAAGUCCAUAGGUACAUCGGAGGACGACAAACAUGGAUUCCUCACGCCUCCUUUACUCAAGUUUGCCCGCAGCCUCUCCAUGCCCGACACCUCAGAGGACAUCCCUCCUCCCCCAGCCAUUUCACCCCCUUCGCCACCUGACUUCAACUCUGGUCCGACACCGAAGAGCUACGGCACCACAAGACCAAGCUUCACCCAGAACUCAGCCAAUGCAGUGAAGACCAUUAGCCGAACAACCGACGCCGGUACGUUAAGGCGAGGAUAUUACCGCCAGAGCUCUGAGCAGUUUGACUCACGCAUUCGAGGGCGGACUCCAGUACCGGAGAACCCUUACUCCGAGGUGGGCAAUAAGAACCUGUACGUGCCAGCCAAACCAGCUCGAAGGAAGGGCAUGCUAGUUAAGCAGCACAACGUUGAGGAUAGUCCGGAGAAAAAGUGUCACAUGUCAUCAAACCCAUCGGGCGCACUUUCCAUGCCUACCACGCCUGUGGAACGAACUUGCUCUUCCAUUCCCAUCCCCACCAUCAUCGUCAAGGAGCCCUCCACCAGCAGCAGUGGCAAGAGCAGCCAGGGUAGCAGUAUGGAGAUCGAGCCCACCACCCCCGAACACCCACCCCUCACGCCCGUUGGUGGUUUGCGUCCUGAAGACCCAUCCUUAAGCAACCCCUUUGCAGCAGCGAUUGCCGGGGCAGUACGGGACCGGGAGAAGAGGCUAGAGGCAAAAAAGCACUCAAUUGGCUUCCAGUCAAUAGACAUUGGGGAUGAUGACUUCAGUCCUAUACCGACCCCUCGUCUUCGCCAGUCCAAGUCCAUCGAUGAAGGCAUGUUUAGUGAUGAGAGGCUUCGAAGGAUAUUGGGCCCCCCUGCAGCUGCACAGCUUGGACCCCCUGUCGGGGGAGGUAGUGGCAAUAUGACAGAUUUCAACACUCCUGAGCCAAUAGUGGUUCGGGAGCCUCUAAACACCAGAACAGGCCAGUGUCCCAACCUGGACAGUCCCGUUAGUCUCCCAUCCACUCCUCCUAAGAGCCACUACAGGUCAAACGGGACUUACCUCCAUCCUGUUACCGGCAAGCCCCUGGAUCCUAAUUCCCCUCUUGCUUUGGCCCUGGCAGCUCGUGACAGGGCGAUGAAGGAGCAACAGAACCAUCCUCAGAAUCAGCCAACAAAUCCUCCUCAGGUUCAGCAAACGCCCAAACACGAAGCCCAGUCCCUCCCAAUACAGCCAAGCCACAAACCAGACCUCAACCAACCGCUGUUCAUCGACACCAAACUACGCUCGGGGAUCGAGACAAGCUUCGCCGCAAUCUCAACAGCAACCAUGGGGCGGCCUAGUCGAGGCGGUCUGCGGAGACAGAUGACGGAGCAGAAGUACGAGUCUGAUGGGGCACGGGAAGAACGGCAGCAUCAGGCAGUCGAGGAGAGGAAAAGUGCACCAGCGGAUGUGUCAGAUUCAUCGCAGCCUAAGUCAGCAGGACUGUUGAUGGUCCACACCAGCAAUGAAGCAAGCAACAAGGCAAACCAAGAGGUGGAGGGGCAGGACAGCAACAGGCCAUCCGAGCUGAAAGACCCCAACCAACCCGAUCCUCAAAACGCUACGUCACUGUCCGUCAAUCCCCAACCAUCCUCGUUACGGAGGAGGAGCAUGCCCUUGAAUGAGUCCAUUGACGAACCAGUAAAACUGCCCUUCCGCAUCCCCCCUCCCCCUCUCGCAUCAGUAGACAUCGAUGAGGAAUUUGAAUUCUCGGAGCCCCUCCCACCACCGCUGGAGUUUGCCAACAGUAUCGACAUUCCUGAUGAUCAGGCAAGUGCCAUUGCAGAGAUGAUUCAGCAACAGAGACGGAACGGGGGUCCUAUUCUACCACCAUACCACCCUCACGCCCCGCCACCUGUCACCGAUCAACACAAACGGGUUGCAAACAACAUGCCCCCCUCAUAUCCUCCCCCUCCACCGGAUUUGGAGUCAGGGGUGGGUGACUCGGGCAUCGAAGAGGUAGACAGCCGCAGUAGCGGGGAUCCUCAGCACAUGGAGACCACCAGCACCGUUUCCAGCAUCUCCACCCUGUCGUCAGAGGGGGGCUUCUGCGACAGCGCUCUGGAGAGCCUCUACGCCACCGCAGACGGACACGCCUUCCUGGUGGAUCGGCCCCCUGUGCCACCCAAACCCAAGGGCAAGUCUGUCAUCAACAGAACAUCGCUUUAUCAUGACGCUCUCAUUGAAGAGCCCCCGGAGUCCUAUGGAUCCCCGCCUCAGGCUCCUCCCCCUCCCCCUUCAUCUUCUGAACCUCCUAGGACUCCUACUCAAAGAACAUCCAAACUGUGGGGCGAUCAGCCCCCGGAGCUGCGCAGUCCGCCAUCAACACCAGACUCCAAGAACACCGUUAUCACCGAGCUGAGCUCCAUCCUGCAGCAAAUGAAUCGCGACAGGCCAGCCAAGCCAGGAGAGAGCCUCGACUCCCCCACAGGGACCAGGGGGGGCUUCGGAACAAGGCCUCCGGCAGACGACUCAGGAAUGCGUAACAACGCCGCCGCCCUGGUCUCCACCCCCCCCAGCAGCCUCCCCUCUCAGACGCACCCCUGCAGCCCUCCGGACUCCGGCUCCUCCCUCACCCCCUGCUCGUCCCUGCCUCCCUCCGUGUCGCCCACCCUCACCGACGUCUUCGGCCUGCCUACCCCUCCCAUGGGCAGUGGCGGCGGCUACAGCCUGAGCUCGUCGUGCGGCGGCAGCGGCAGCUCGCGCUCCCCGUCGCCGCUCACCCUCCUGCAGGCCGUGGCGGCGUCGGGGAAGCCCUUCGCCUCCAAACCCAUGGAGCUGUGGAGCAAACACGACGUGGCCGACUGGCUGGAGAGCCUGAACCUGGGGGAGCACCGCGACGCCUUCCUGGACAACGAGAUCGAGGGCGCACACCUGCUGUCGCUGCAGAAGGAGGACCUCAUAGACCUAGGCGUCACCAGGGUGGGACACCGCAUGAACAUCGAGAGGGCCCUGAAGUUGCUGCAGGACAGAUAAGCCCCGAGAGAGAGGGCGGGGAGUCAGGGCUGAGGAGAGGGAGGGAAAGGGGGUCAUCCCCAUCUCUCCGUCUCCAUCUGACAAUAUCUCAAGAGGUUUUGUGCGAGCUGAUGCUGCCUCCCGCUGUCUUUGUCCUCUCUCAUCCUCCCUCGUCUCAGUGCUCUGGUCUUCAUCCUCCCCCUCCACCGUCGCCCCGAGCAUCAGGGGCUCAAGGGGGGGGAGUGAGGGGGGAGAGAAGAGAAACGCUGCUAUGUCACAUCAAGGAGUAGGAAGGACUGACCAGAAAACACAGAAACUAUGGAAUAGUGUCACUCGCUGGAAACAUACCCGUCUGGAAGUUACUUCACACAGACUCGUGCUGACACCCGCUUUGGAAUACUGAAAACUUUUUCCAUCACCCCGGUGUGGGUGCAUGAAACCAGCUGAGCUGGUCGUUGCUCCUUUUCUAUCUUUGCUAGAGUUUGUUCAGAGAUAAUAUUUCUUCACUAGAGUCCAACCGGAGUUAUAUUUCUGGGUGCAUCUAAGGUUGUAGAGAACAAUUUGAAAUAGACUCCAUUUCUUUUUUUGCUUUUCACUUGUUUGUGUCAAAAUAAGAACAUUAGCUGACAUGUUUGAAUAAAUAGUACAUUUCCAUGCACACACACACACACACACACACACACACACACACACACACACACACACACACACACACACACACACACACACACACACACUUUAUGCACAGUGCCACACGCUGACAAACGAAAAUACACACUGUCUUCACACCCUAAGCAUGUACACACACCGUUACUGCGAUGGCCUUCUUCUCCUGAGAGAGAGCAACGCGUGGAGAGAGGUGAAACUCAGCGUACCAGGAAAAACCGAGCGAAGGACACGAGGAACAAGACUGACAGACAAACGGUGUACCGGAAUAAUUCUCACCUUGAAAUGGUUUGUCUGUCCGCAAAGGGCGUCCCUGUCCCUCUUUACCUUCUAGUUUGUGUGUGUGUGUGUAUGAGUGUGUGAGUGUGUCACUGGUUGACCCAAAAUAUCCUGAAGGCCAGUUUAGCUUUUUUCCACAGAUCUCCGCUAUAUAUAGGCCACAGUAUAGAGAAACUAGAGCUGUUUACUUUUCUACUUUACUUUCUUCUCCAUUGUCGAAUCUCCUUCCACUUCACCAUUAGCAGGUCGACACUCACGUGGCCCCGCGGUAACGCUAACGUAUCAAACACCCUGUGUGUAGUGUGGUAGAAGUUGAGGUUUUCUUAGAGAGAGCAUUUAAAGGAACAGUGAGACAUGUGAUAUACGCUUAGUCGCUUUCUUGCCACGAGUUUAUGAGAAGGCUGAACCCAUUGUUGUUUCUGCGCAAUAAACAUGAAGCUAAAGACGAUUAGCUUAGCACAAAGACUAAAAGCAGAUUGACUGAUUGCACCUUCACACGGUUUGAUUGGCGUGUAGAGCUCAAAAGCACCCACUCUUGCUCCCUCUUUCAUAAUGCACAAAUGUCUGCGUGUAUAACAAAUGAUAAUGGCUCCAAUGGGUAUUGAUUGAUAAAACGCUAGCUAACACAUUUGUUUUAAUCAAAAGCUAUAAAAUAUUCAACUGUUUUUUCAAAGUUAUACAUAAUGGUAAAAUGAGGAGUAGUAUUGGACGAAAAGUUAGUUUGAUCUCCCUUGAAAUCGAAUGCAUGGCCACGGAUUUGACUGACACAAACAGGACAACAAAGUCAGGAGCUACAGGGCAUUUCUCCUCUGCUUAAACCAUAUAUCUAAUUGCAAGCAGGUCAACAUAAAAAUAUGUAAUCAAUUUAAAUGUUACACAAUUGACAUCCCAAUUUAACUUAGCUUUACUUUUCUACUAAGUGCUAACUAGCUAUUGUUAGCAUGCUAACACUCUGAGCUAAGUGUUUAAACCAGGUAUACCUGUAAAUACUGAACCCAUUUUUUACAAGCACCAUAUAUUCUGGACAUUAAGACACUAAAAUUGCAUUUAUUAGACGGACAAAUGAGGAUUAAAUUAGCUUUGUCUCGGCCUAUUGCUAGAACUUCAAUAAAUGUUAGCCAAAUCUCAGGCUAACUAACUUUGGUAAUGCUAAAUCUGGCUGUUAGCUGUAAAUAUUUGAUCGUUAGCAAAACAUUUGGAUGAAAAAAGACUUCUCCAAUGUUAUUAUGAGUCAUUUAACCUUUAGGAAAAGCAUUACUGUAGCUGGUACAGCUAAGCUAAGCUAAUCGUCUCUUAGCUCCACUUUCCCAAAAGAUUGAUCUCAUCAAACUCUCAACCAAAAAAUGAACAAGCGUAUCCUUUAUGUCUUACUAUUUAAGGCUGUCAUUCGAUAGCAUUUUAUUGACUUUGAACCCAGUGUUAAACCCUUUGGAGGCCUUUUUAGCUUUCAACUAUUUUAAAUGACACAUAAGCAACCUAAUGAUUAACUCACAGGUUGACAUUUUAAGAGCUAAAACUCCAGUUUUAACAGAUCAACUACUUGUUUUCUAUAUAGCUAAAUGACUACCUGGACAUUUUAUAUAUUGUUGAUUAAAAAAGAGUGAGGAAAAUAAGAAGAGAUGUGUUAGCAUUAAGCUAACUUGAGCUAAACUUCAACUAGAUGCCAAACAAGCAUCCUAAACUGGGAAAAGUCAAAGGGAAAUACUGUCUUAGAUCGAACCAGCCUUCAGAAGAGUGUUCUCAUAUCAUGAAGAACCUAGAUGCAACACCACGUUAACAAAGCUGUUGCAGACAGACGCUUGCGCCCCAACAGAGACAUUUCCUAACAUCAAGUUUUAUUCUUUGGAAGGCAACUUCAAACACAUGACGUGAAAUCUCCCCGAGCUGUAAGAGCAGAUGGAGAUUCUGCGGCUUCAGGGUUAUAUGUGAAAUUACGAUUACACCUAAAUCCUCAUUGCCUCUGUGCCGAACACAAGCAGAGAGCAACCUGACAGAGGCGGCAGAUGUUCAUCAGCCUGAGAUUACAAAGGGAUUGAAAGCGUUUUCUGAUCCGUUGCAGAUGAACUUCAGUCGCUGUAACUUAAGCUUCUCCAAGUCCCUUAUUGUUCUCCGUCUCACUGCAUUGGAGAAGGGAUGUAACUUUACUUUAAGGGUCCAAUUUCAAACAAAAUCAGCAUUUAUAGAGCUGGAAAUGUGUGUGUUUGCUAGCAAAUGGCUGGAGUAGAAGUACAGUAUGUGUUGAAACGUGUAUAUAAGAGUGUUUAACAGGAUAAUAAAAUGUCUAUCUGAUUAUAUGUAUAGCUCUAUUAAAAAGGUUUAGAGUAAAAAAAAAGAAUUCUAUGAAGAUUGAUUUAUAGUUGCCAGAGUUGACCUGGUCUCGCUUGCCCCCCCAUCCUGCAGAGGAUGCCUUAAAUACGCUCACAACCCCCCCUCCCCCCCUCCUCACUGUACCUGCACCACUGUCCAGUGUAUAGCUCCAUAAGGAAAAAGGAGCUUGUGUUUUUAUCUCAAAGUAGAUUCUUUCAGAGCACACCUCACGUGUGGUUCGAUAUGUGCUCGACAGUAACCCAACGUCUGAAAAAAACAACUAUAUUGUUUUAGAAGUUCGCCCUUAUUUGGUUUCAUAUCACACUUUUGGAGGAGACAAUGAGACAUACACAAGCUCUGUGUUCUGUGAACAUUAGCACGGGACAAUGCUGCUAUAAUCCUGUUCCUGUUUGAACAUGUAACUUAUUUUAAGAGCAAACAGCGACGUGUCGACGGGGGAAGAAAAGCACAGUAUUUUUAAAGAUUUGUAUAGAGUUCUAUGACAUUUUAUAGAGGUUAUCUGAACAAAAACUGUUCAACACUGACGCGUGGAUUGCCAAAAAAAAUACCAUAUAGAUAAAAAACGUGGAUAUUAUUAAUAUUAUUAUUAUUAGACUUAUGGGUUAUGUAAGAAGCAAUAUUUAUUUGAAUGAAUCUCCUUGGUUGUGUUUUUUUCCCAUUUUAAAGUUGCAUAUCAUGAUCAGUUGUCAGUGUUUUAAUGAAUGAAGUGAUGACGUAGGUAGAUUCUUAAAGGGGACGUAUCAAGCUCCUCUUCAGGUUGAGAUUCAUAAUUUGGGUUUCUAUUAUUUCUCAUACCUGAAGUCUGAAAUAACCGUAUCCACUUCCUGUUUGAAACCAACAUUUUAGCAGCUGUCUCUUUAAGAACACCUCCCUCCUAAAAACCACAUGUUCUGAUUGGCUCACAAGGAAAUUGGCAAAUAAGUGGGUGGAGCUUAAGGGUGGUCAAUUCUGCAUGUGAGGUUUUCUGACCAAAAAUGCAGUGGUGGAAAUUAUAAUUGUACCUAAUUAUAUUUCAUUUAUAGUUGACUUAUUUCCAAUUCCUACUACUUUAUAAUUGAAUUGAUUAAAAAUGUAUUUUCAUUAAUUGAACUCCAUAACAUUUUAUAACCACUUUUACUUCUCUGAAUCUAUUUGAUGAGAUUAAUUAAGAAUCAGAUAAAUAAAACAAAAUAAACAUAAUGAAUUCAGUGAUUUAUUCAUAUGAAAUUAUGCAUUUUUUCGGUCCCUUGUUGAAAUUCAAAAGCAAAAAGUAUGCUUUUUAUAAGUAUCUUUACCAGAUGCAUCAGUAAAGUUAUAAACCAAUUAAUGCAUCAAUAAUUACAUUUGGAAAUGGACCAUAUUUACUAUGUACAUGUGGAUGCAAAUAUUUUUCUAUGUGAAAGUACAAUACUUAUUUUUAUUUGAUCAUUUUAAUUCAGAUUUAGAUAAAUAACAAUACAAACACAUAUUUAUACUGCCUAUGUAAGCUAUGUUGUUUAUUUAAGAUUCAGAUAAAUAACAUGCCCAGUGAAACCAUAUUUUAAUACUGAAAGUCCUCCGAUUAAAUUAACAAUCUACUUUGCUGUAAAACAAUCAGAAACACUAAUGCUUCACCUACAGUUUGAUGCCAACAUGUGUGUAUAAUGUACACUGCAGGACUUGUGUUUAUACAUUGCAGUAAUACUCGUUAAGUAAAAGUUCUCAGUACUUAACCGUCCACUGCCCAAACCUACGUGCACAAGUAUUAAGAAGUGAGUUUAGCAUGAUACGUCCCCUGUAAGAUAUUUUUGGGAUGAUAAAGUGAAUAUUAAUCCAGGUAUCUUCGGACAGACAUCUGCCUGACUUCUCUCACCCCCCUCCUGAAUUAAGAGUGUGUGUUAAAAAAAAAAGUGUACAUUAUUUUAAAGUAUAUGAGCAGGCCAUCUUGUUAGGAAAUUAUAUGAAAUUUAUAUAUAUGUAUACAUACAUGAAUCCACCAAAAAGACUAGUGGUGGCUGAGUAGAUGUAGUGAGAAUCUUUAAAAAGCUUCACCACUUCACCCCACCCUCCCCCCCCUCAAAACACUGAUCCCACCUUCAUCAUCGUCCAACAUCUGGGGUUUUAUUCUUUCUUGAUUUCCUCAUGAAUAGAUUUUAUUCUUUGAUUAAGUCUUCAUAGAGGCUAAGAUUUCUUCGGUAAUUUGUGCAGAGACUUGUGUUCAUGUUUUCUAUGUUGCUGUAAUUUUGUGCUACUGAAUCAUCAUAGAGUCAAACUAAUUACUGAUGAAGAAGAGAGAGAGUUUUCCUGUAACUGCACUCUUCCCCCCCCCUCUCCCAACCCCUCAAAUCCUCGAGACUUCUUGUAUGGCAACCAAAAUUCAC